AUGACUAGGAGUCGCGAUCUGCUCGUCGCUUGCCUGACGCUCUCGAUCUUCGUGUCACUGUCUUUCUUCCUGUUCCCCGCGGAUUUCGGGACGUUCUCAGACACGGAGCAGUCUGCUGGCAGCGACAGACCUGCGCAGGGUCCAAUAGGGGACGCGAGACCAUCGUUCCGCGACCGGCUGGCCAAUGUCAGACCACUCGAUCACCUGCCCCACUCGCGGACGCUGGGCCUCACGCAAAUUAUGGUGAUCUCACUGCCACAUAGAACAGAUCGUCGAGCGCGCAUGUCGCUACUUGCGAACGCGCUCGACGCUGACUUUGGCUUCUUCGACGGCACGCUUUCAACCGCCGACGAGAUAACGCGUAUUGUAGAGCACGUGCGCGUUCAGCGCGAGCGCGAAGGCGUCCUCCUCCAACCUACCUCUGACGCAGGACGGCGGGGACCUGACGAGCCCGCCCCACAAGACCUACCACACUACCCUUUCGAUGGCCCCCUCGAAGCAUACCCCGACGUUUCCGAGCCUGCAGGCGCCGACCUCUGGGUUUUACCACCCAACGACCCUCGCGCGCCCCAGCCUCCCCUCCCACCCAUCCCCACCCCCAACACGCGCCCCGACGUCCCGCAGAUUAUGGACACCCUCGAGCGCACGCGCUGGUGGAUCCAGGACUCGGGCAUCCCCUUCCACGACUUCAUAAACGGUGCCGUCGCCGCAUGCUACCACGCGCACUACUCCCUCCUGCGCACCUUCGCCGCCGCGUCCGGCGCGCCGGACGACACGCUGCUCAUCCUCGAAGACGACGUGGAUAUCGAGUUCGAUUUUGAGCGCACGCUGAGGCACGCGAUGCAGGGGCUACCGGCAGAUUGGGAUGUGCUGCUUCCGGGGUACUGUGAUUCGACGGAGACGAAGCACAAACCAGUACCGGGUUAUCCGCGGUUGAGGCGCUCGGACGAUCCGCUGUGCAAUCAUGGUUACAUUGUGUCCCGGCGAGGCGCGCGGCGCCUGGUCUCUCUACUACGCUCGCCGUCCUUCGCGUACUCGCGCGCGCUCGAUCAGGCAUAUAAGAUCUUGAUCAACGAGAAGAUCUUGAACUUUUACUCCAUCGCGCCAGUGCAAAUUGUGCAAGAGCACAAGCUGAACUCGGAUAUACGCUUCGGCACGGGGGUCGGAUGGUGGGAUGACGACCUCGAGGACUCGGCGCUUCAGCGCGCGCAAAUUCUCCUGGAUACAGAGGCCCUACAGGAGGCUACGCCAUAG